CCUCCCCUUCCUCGCCCUCCCCUAUAAAGGCUGCGGAGCGGAGCCAAACGCCAGACUCAUUCCAAUACUCGCUGAGAGCAAGGCACCAGCCUCUCCACGCAGCCAGCCACUCUGUGAACUUAGCUGAUCUCUGCGUCCCUUGUGUACGAUCCACGAUGGCGUGUGAACUGGAGCCACUGUCCCGCACCUACCAGUACCGCAAGGUGAUGAAGCCCAUGCUGGAGCGCAAGCGGCGGGCGCGCAUCAACAAGUGCCUCGACGAGCUCAAAGACCUGAUGGUGACGGCGCUGCAGGCGGAGGGCGAGUCCAUCGCCAAGCUGGAGAAGGCGGACGUUUUGGAGCUGACGGUGACGCAUCUCAAGAAGCUGCAGCGUCGCAAUCAGCUGGCCGUGCGUCCCCUGCCCAGCCACCAGGACAAGUUCCGUGAGGGCUACAGCCACUGCGCCUCCGAAGUGUCCCGCUGCCUCGCCUCCGUGCAGGGCGUCGACGUCACACUCGGCACCAAGCUCAUGACGCACCUCGGCAUCUCCCUCACCAACUACGAGAAGCGGGCGCCCCUCACCAUCCUCGUGCCCCAGGCUGAGCCGUCACCAGCACUCUCCUCGGCCUCCAGCGGCUACUCCUCCGCCUCCGAGCUGUCUCCCACGCCCUCCACUUCCAGCAGGAACAGCUCAUCUCCCUCCUGCAGCGGCCCCACCAGCAGCCUGUCCACUACAAGCAGCGGCAGCAGCAGCGGUAACAACACUAGCAGCAGGGCCCCGGCCACCACCACCAGUGCCUCCCCACGCCCCCAGGGUCUGCUGACCAUCGCGGCGCCCCCAUGCCCCAUGUGGCGCCCGUGGUAACCAAGCAACGCUCUCUCCACGAACAAGCUACCUCAGCCACCCGUCCGUCGGCAACCUGUUCAGCCGCCAGUCAACGCUACUGAAGGAGUCGACAGCUCGAGAGCGACAACGGAA